AUGGCCUCCGUGAAUGGCGAUCAUGCUGGUCACAGUGAAGCAGGGGACGAACCCAUUCCAUCGAUCGUUCAACAGAAUCCUGACAACUGCUUCCGUAUCCUCUUGGCUACAGAUAAUCAUAUAGGCUACGCCGAGAAAGACUCAAUCCGAGGUCAAGACGCAAUCAACACUUUCAAGGAGAUAUUGGAGAUUGCUAGGGAUGCAGAGGUGGACUUCAUCUUAUUGGCGGGUGACCUGUUCCAUGAGAAUAGACCGAGUAGGACAUGUAUGCAUCAGACGAUAGCGUUGUUGAGGGAAUAUACCUUGGGGGAUAAACCUAUUUCAUUCGAGCUGCUCAGUGAUCCAUAUGAUGGAAGUGCACCUGGGUUUUCCUUCCCUGCAGUCAAUUACGAAGACCCAAACCUGAACAUUGCUAUUCCCGUCUUCUCGAUUCACGGUAACCAUGAUGAUCCUCAAGGUACUGGUCCAGAAGGAGCUCUUUGUGCUCUUGAUGUCCUUUCAGUCUCUGGUGUACUUAAUUACUUCGGCAAAGUCGAUCUACCAGCCGACGAAGCUAUACAGGACGAUACCGACAAGGGAAUUCGAAUCAAACCUAUCUUGCUUCGAAAAGGAACGACAAACCUUGCAUUAUACGGUGUAGGAAAUGUCAAAGAUGCUAGAAUGCAUUAUGAACUUAGAUCAAAUAGAGUCAAGAUGUAUAUGCCCGAAGGUGGAGAUGUGGCUGAAGAUGAUUGGUUCAAUAUCCUCUUGAUACAUCAGAAUAGAGUCAAACAUGGACCACAACAAUCUGUUCCUGAAGGGAUGUUUGACGAUUCGAUUCGUCUAGUGGUAUGGGGACACGAACAUGAUUGUAGACUCACACCUGAGAAAGUAGAAGGGAAGGAUUACUGGAUAUCUCAACCUGGAAGUUCGGUCGCUACAAGUUUAGCACCAGGAGAAGCUAUACCAAAACACGUCGGCAUCAUGUCAAUUCAAGGAUCCCAAUUCCAAAUCGCCGAAGUACCCUUGAAGACCGUCAGACCAUUCGAACUCGACGAAGUUGUUUUAUCGUAUGCCGCUGAACAAGGAGCAUUGAAUAUCGACGAUAAGGAUAGUAUCACUGAGUACCUCAAGAAUCAGGUUACAAGGCUGAUCAAACAAGCACACGAGAAUUGGAAAGAAAGGAAUCCCGAUCCGGAUGCGAAGAUGAUGUUACCUCUGAUCAGGUUGAAGGUCGAGACCACCGAUGCCAAGGAGAUGACGAAUCCCGUCCGAUUUGGACAACUAUUCGUGGGUAAAGUUGCCAAUCCAAGAGAUAUAUUACAGUACUACAGGAAGAAGAAACCCGCCGGACGAAAAGCGAAAAAUAACCCUGAUUUGCCGGAUGAAGAUGAAGAUGAUUGGGAAGGCGAUGACCCCACGAUGUUAACGACCAACGAUAGACUUGCUAAACUUCGUAUGGCAAAUCUCGUGAAGCAAUACCUGCAAGCUCAGAAUUUGGAAGUACUGGUGGAGAAUGGGAUGGAAGAUGCAGUUAUGAGAUUUGUGGAGAAGGAUGAUAAGGAUGCUAUUAAGGAUUUCGUAUCGGAUACCUUGAAGAUGGUGGGCCGUGACAUGAAAACCAGGGAAGUCGAUGAAGAGGAUGUAGAAGAUCAUAUGCUACAAGCCAAAGAGCAUGCUGCAUCUCAGUAUGCCGAAGUUCGACCUGUACCGAAGGAGAAAAGCAAGAAGGGAAAAGGCAAGCAGAAAGAUUCCGACGAAGACAGCAUGUUGGCCGAGGACGAUGAUCAGAUGGAUUUAGAUUCGGAUGGCUCAUUUCAGCAGACCAAAGCACCUGCGAAGGGUAAAGGGCGAGCUCCUACAGCCAGAGGAAAAGGAAAGAACCCUCUCUUUCAGAAUGCUUCAGAAUCUGAAGAGGAGGAAGAAGAACCUGAGGAAGUGGUCCCCCCACCUAAGAAACGAGGUGCUGCUUCUGCUUCUGCUAGCUCAUCGAGAAAGCCUGCCGCUAAAGCUGUUCCUACGAAGAAGGCACCAGCUAGAGGAGGUGGUGCAACAGGGAUGCAACAGUCGCAAUUGACCUUCUCAAAGGGUGGAAAAGCAUCUAAGCCUAUCGAAUUGUCAGAUAGCGAUUGA